CUCUACUAUAUAACAUCUACUAUAUAACAUCUACUACUACUAUAUAACAUCUAUAACACACAACUCAUUAUGAGCUUUCAAAACGCAAGCACCAACCUCGAUCAGGAUUUGAAAAAUUCAAGACAGUCCAAAUACCAAUCAUCAGAACCAGAAGUAAAACAAUGGAUAUACAAUAUCCUUAGCAUACCAAAAAACAUUCAAACCCAAUACUCCCAAAACAACUUGGACCUCUUGGAUAUCUUAAAAGACGGAGAAGUACUCUGCAAACUAGGUAAUCUACUCCCAAUUGAUAAUAAACCAACCUCCAAAUACAAAAAUUCGAAAAUGCCCUUCAUCCAAAUGGAAAACAUCUCCUUCUUCCUAUCCACCUGCAAAACCAUCGGCAUCCCCCACGACGAAAUCUUCCAAACCGUGGACUUAUUCGAACGUAAGGAUCCUUAUCAAAUCAUCAUAACCUUGAUCUCCUUCAGCAGAAAAGCCCACGACUUGAGCCCAACCAGCUUCCCCACCUUAAUUGGCCCCAAGACCGUCAAAGUCAAACCAACAAUCCCUAAAAAACCAAUCGGCUUGUCCUCUAAAUACAAUUAGUUACAUCUAUACUAGUAUACUAUUCCCAUUUGCUGCUUAUGUAAUGAUAACCCGGGUGCUUAUGUAAUCCCAGGUGUUCUUCGCUCUUCUCUUUUUGAGCUCAU